AUGGGUCGUAGUAACGCAACUCGUGGAGGCACCCGUGGCGGUCAAGGCGAAUUUCAGUGGGAUCAGGUGAAAGGCGAUAAACAAAAGGGAAACUAUUUGGGCCAGUCUAUUUAUGCGGCCAGUGGUCGGUGGGCGCAGGGACGCGACUUAGAGUGGUGGUCGAAAGGCAGAACUACCCAAGCAGAAUCCGAUCCCAAUAAUGAAGAUGCGUACAAAAAAGAGGUACUAGAAAUUAAGCAUAACGAGCAAAUUAUGAUAGCUGAAGCUCUUGGCCUUCCUCCUCCGCCUCCUCUUGGAUCUGUAAGUACCUCUCAAAAACCAGUAGCAACGAAAGACACCCGAGAGCAGCGUCCGGAUUAUCAUCAUCAAAGAAGCUCUCAUAAAAAAGAAGACCAUUCGCAUAGGAGGUUUCGAUCUCGAUCUCCAUCCUCUGGUGCUCGAUCUCAUCGGAGCGAAAGACCCAGAAAGGAUGAUUAUCAUUAUAGUCGACGUAGAGAUCGUGGAACCAAACGUUAUUCUACAACACCCGAGCGUCCUGAUGAAGAAAAAGGCUAUGAUCAAUAUCGAGAUUCCCGCCAUCGACGCCAACAACAUAGUGAUGAAUUCUCUCAACGGCAUUAUGAAAAAGAUUACCAUAAUCGUUCACCUUCGCCUCCUAGGCGCAGGGAUUAUUGA